AUGUUUAACCGUACCACUCAACUGAAAUCCAAGCAUCCCUGUUCCGUGUGUACGAGGCGAAAAGUCAAAUGUGAUCGUAUGAUACCGUGUGGAAACUGCAGGAAGAGAGGACAGGACUCCGAAUGUAUGAAAUCAACAAAACUAAUAACGGCUUCAUCUUCCAAGGAAUAUCUCCCUGACCUAUUGUUAUUCUGGCAAAAUUAUGAAUAUUGGAUAACGAAUAUUGGGCUGUACAAAACAAAACAAAGAGAUCUUACUAGAACACCAGCUAAUUUGGAUACUGAUACUGAAGAAUGUAUGUUUUGGAUGAAUUAUCUUCAAAAAGACCAAUCAUUCCAAUUGAUGAACUUUGCUAUGGAAAACUUAGGUGCUUUGUAUUUUGGUUCCAUUGGAGAUAUCAGUGAAUUAUAUUUGAGGGUGGAACAGUACUGGGAUAGAAGGGCAGACAAGAAUCACAGUGUAGACGGCAAAUACUGGGACGCACUAAUAUGGUCUGUCUUUACCAUGUGCAUUUAUUAUAUGCCAGUCGAGAAGUUAGCAGAAAUAUUUUCAGUAUAUCCUCUCCAUGAAUAUUUGGGUAGCAACAAAAGGCUCAAUUGGGAAGAUGGUAUGCAAUUAGUCAUGUGCCAAAAUUUUGCACGCUGCUCAUUAUUCCAAUUGAAACAAUGUGAUUUCAUGGCGCAUCCCGAUAUAAGGCUCGUUCAAGCAUAUCUGAUUUUAGCCACUACAACUUUCCCCUACGAUGAACCGUUGUUGGCAAAUUCGCUCCUAACACAGUGCAUCCAUACCUUUAAAAAUUUUCAUGUGGAUGACUUUAGACCUUUACUUAAUGAUGACCCCGUUGAAAGCAUCGCUAAAGUAACCUUGGGAAGAAUAUUCUAUCGCCUGUGUGGAUGCGAUUAUCUUCAAUCGGGGCCACGCAAACCAAUUGCACUUCAUACAGAAGUAUCCUCCCUAUUACAACAUGCAGCAUAUUUGCAGGAUUUGCCUAACGUUGAUGUUUACAGGGAAGAAAACAGCACAGAGGUCUUGUAUUGGAAAAUCAUCUCAUUAGACAGAGAUUUAGAUCAAUACUUGAACAAGAGUUCUAAACCUCCCUUAAAAACAUUGGAUGCUAUAAGGAGGGAGCUCGAUAUUUUUCAAUACAAAGUAGAUUCGUUGGAAGAAGAUUUUAGAUCAAAUAACAGCAGAUUUCAAAAAUUUAUUGCACUUUUUCAAAUAUCUACUGUUUCCUGGAAAUUGUUUAAGAUGUAUCUCAUUUAUUAUGAUACCGCAGAUUCACUACUAAAGGUUAUACAUUAUUCUAAGGUAAUCAUUAGUCUUAUUGUUAAUAACUUCCAUGCAAAAAGUGAGUUUUUCAACAGACAUCCGAUGGUGAUGCAAACCAUUACGCGCGUGGUCUCUUUCAUCUCCUUUUACCAAAUUUUUGUGGAAUCGGCUGCUGUCAAACAACUUUUAGUAGAUCUAACUGAACUUACUGCAAAUCUGCCCACAAUAUUCGGUUCAAAACUAGAUAAACUAGUUUACUUGACCGAAAGGCUCAGUAAAUUAAAACUUUUAUGGGACAAGGUACAGCUUCUAGAUUCAGGUGAUUCGUUUUACCAUCCUGUUUUCAAAAUACUACAAAAUGAUAUUAAGAUAAUUGAGUUGAAAAAUGAUGAAAUGUUUUCUCUCAUAAAAGGACUCGGGUCUUUGGUACCGUUGAAUAAGCUUAGACAAGAAUCGUUGCUUGAGGAAGAGGACGAAAACAAUACGGAACCAAGUGACUUCAGAACUAUUGUAGAAGAGUUUCAAUCCGAAUAUAACAUUUCUGACAUACUUUCCUAA